UAGUAAGUAUAGAUAUAGAUUUACAUACUAAAAUACACACCAUGCAAUGUAGUCUAUACAGAGUAGCCUUAGAAUAAUCUAGAACAAGGAUAUGUACCACUACUACGGCCUCUAAAACCAAGUAGGUAGCCAUAGAGGAAGGAAGAUAGCGCUCUACACUCCUAGUAUCUGUCUCUCUACCACAACGACAAUAAUACAAUAAGAACUUAUGGUGUUGUUAGGCGUCAGGGUGUCUGCGGUAGGAAUGAAUGGAUAUCUCUGUUAGAAUAACAAUGGCGACGUUCUAACGAUUUUAAAUGGCGAAUGCAACUGUCACAGAUACGUAAUACGACUUGUGGUGUGGAUGGUUUAGUGUUAUUGUUUAAAUAUUAUAUGAUGUAACAGUUUACUCAUCGGCGCUUAUUUAUCGGCAGUGCCCGUCGUGCCCGACUAGUUUCGGACCCAACCGGAGUCCUUAAUCAUGAGCUGAUGCGGCGGGAUUGCGAGUCGAACUGUACUGUGAACUGUUGUUGUAUGUAGUUAGUUUAGUGGUUAAAAUUAUUUUAUUUUAAAGUAAUUUUAAACUGUUUUGGUUGUACUACUGUUUUCCGUUUACGUAUUGUGUUCUUAAUCCGUUUUUAGAGCUCACAGCCCAAGAUAUAAAUAAAAAUAUAUGUUGAAAUCCUCAUCCCUGGCAAAUCGGCAUACUUAAUCCACAAAUUACAUUAAGCUAGGACGAAUUCUAUACACGGAGUAUUUGUAACGCAAACGACGCGACCAAAAAGAUGAUAGUACACUAUUUUGUAGCGAUGUUCUCCAUACGAAUUAUGAUAGCGAAGCAUCCAUGAAUUAUCGGAAGCGCAACAAGUCUGUAACUUUUGACUCUUUUUAAUAAUCUCUAUGAAAAUGAACUUUAUGUUUAAAGUCGCAUUGCGACCUGACAAAGAUUAACUUCCAUGCGGGAGAUUUUUCUUUAAGAAACUGAGGAGAAAAAACAAUAUUUUUUAUUUUUAUUUACAUUAGAAAGUUUGCGUUGAAGAGAACCAUUUAGGCAGUUUUUAAAUAUAGAAGGCUACAUACCUACCGACGUGCCCGACAUUUGGCUGACUUGGUUUUUAUUAAAGUUGACGAAUUGAAUAGCAAAUACAUAAAUGUUACUCCUUUACGCAAAACUGUCAAAGUCUAACGUUUUAUUUUUUAAUAAAAUAGCCUGUGGACACGAAUUUUACAAUCACGGGUGGCACCUAUUAUAUUUAAUUCAUAAAACUCACACUUCGCUUACAAAUAUGACAUUUUAAACGUUUUCUUUCACACCGUUUCUACUUACUUCACAAAUAGUUAUCAAACCACACUGUAAACAAGCCCAUGGCGUCUCGUUGUCUGUGGUCAUCAAUGGGCAGAGACAACAAUGGCGGUCGCAAUUUAUGACGCUUUUUGUUUAACAACUUAUAAGUUGGUUCAUAGUAACUGUUGCGCUGUAGGUGAGGACCACACGAUAGCAUGUGUUCUGGACAUGAUGACUAGUGACUCUUGCUCGCCGUAUAACGAGUGCGGUGUGGGCGCGCAGGUGGAGUGCGCGCGACAACUGCUUGUCACGCUGUUCCAGAUGGCUAAUCUACUGCUGUUGCUGGCUUCCAUCGUUGAGAACGCCAUCCUAGUGCAAGUGUACGUGUGGUACACCCUGGGUUUCGUGGUGAUGGGCCUCAUAGUGACUAUCGUGGACUUCCUCUUCAAAUACAAGAACAUGGGCUCCAUCAGCCUCAUCGGCUUCGUCACUGAAGUCGGCUUCUUGUUUAUGGUAUUCCGCUGCUUACCUCUAGUGGACACAUAUAGAAAACACCUCAACGGCGAAUCUUCUAUAUUGUAAAUAGUCUUUAUAAGAAAACAAAUAAAAAUCACAAAAUAAUU